GAUACCACUGGAACAACUGUCACUGAUACCACUGGCACAACUGUCACUGAUACCACUGGCACAACUGGCACCCCCACAACUAGCACAACUGUCACGCCCAGAACUGACACUACUGGCACAACUGGCACCACUGAGACUCCUGUCAUUGAAACCACUGGCACAACUGUUACCCCAAGAACUGGCACCACUGAGACUCCUUUCAUACCCUACACAACUGCCCCUACUAUUCCUCAAACUACCACUAAAUCAACCACUCUGACAACGCCCAUUAAACAGACUGCAAAGAAAGAAUGCCAGAACAGCGGGAAAUUUGAUGGAAACAAAUGUGUCUGCCUCCCGCAGUUCAUGGGGCCCCUUUGUGAGUUCAUCGUAGAAAGAGUCAACCUGGGGAAGUCUGUAAACACCACUACAAAAAUGAAUGUUACAGUAACAAACAAGUACUUGACACCAGAAAUCGAAGAUACAAAAAGUAAUGAAAGCAAAACAUUCCUGGACACAUUCCAAGCGAUGAUGGCUGAAGCCUAUAAAGCUAUUAAGGAAUACAGAGGUAUUAAUAUAACCAAUAUGAGGAAUGGCAGUAUCAUUGUGGAGUAUAAUCUGACUCUGGAAAUCAGUUAUGCGGAAAAUAUCAGCGUGACUGCCCAGUAUAACAACUUAGUUCCAAAAAUUGAACAGGCGAUGGGAAUAAUAAAUAAUUACAGUAAAGACUGCUCAUCUGCAGGAAACCUGUGUUUCAGUAAGUCCACCAUCUUACAAAAAGCAAGUCUCCGUAGUGAAGAUGAAACAUGUAGGGACACAAUUUCCCCCGGCUUCGAGGAAUUCUUUACAGCAAAGAUCAUUGGUGGGAAUCUGGUCUGUGUAUCUGAUUGUGACCAGCAGUCCAAGAGAUUCUAUGACUGCAAUGCAGGAACCUGUCAAAUUCUUAACAGGACCGGCCCAGAAUGCCUUUGUCGAAACACAGAUCUCUACAUAUACGCCACGGAUAAGUGCCAGGGGCAGAUGCUAAAAUCAGCUGUAUAUGGUGGCGUUGGAGCGGCAAUUGCGUUGCUGGCCGUUAUCGUCGCGUCUGUGGGAUUUCUACUCUUCAGAGCAAAAAAGCAACAGAAAUUCAUCAGCCAACCAUUUAGCAAGGAUCAGGAGAAUACAUGGUACGAUAAUGAUAAUGAUAACGAGUGGAGCAGUCAGCGCGGAUUCGGCACCAUAACCCAGGGAGCAGCUAAUGGAGAGGGGGGGAAUGCCAAUGGCAGCUAUUCCUCCUCGAGCAGUGGGAGCUUCCGACCCGCACUACAAAAUGUGGACACGAAAAUCCAGGUGAAGAUACAGCGACCGGUAAUCACCCCUAUGUGAUCUGAGAUAUGGCAGCUCCAAUGUGGGUCCUCGGAGAAAGUGUACAGGGGGCUACAGCGGAAUAACUUACAUUAAAUAAUGGCCUUUAGGAAGGGUCUGAAUAUGAUGGUUAAACAUCCCGUCUUAUGUUAUCUAUUUGACUAAUGUUUGACUGGAACUAGUCUUUGGGUAAAAAACCUGGAGUAACUUGACCCCCUAAGUUUAAAGAUAUCAUACGAUGGACUUAUCAAUCUCAGUCGUGGUUCUCCAUAUCUGAUUGCACUAAAUAAAUCAAGCACUUUGAAACAUGGUGUCCUUCUACCCCUCCUAAACAUGUCUUCAACAUUCAUCUAACUCUGUAGUGGACAAGCCUCCCCCAUCUUGAGUUGGUCUCCAUGUUUUUCUUUUUGUAUUCUGGUGCCUUAUUCAUAAUAUAUGGAAUUAAUUUAUUUACUUGAA